AUGGCUGCCCGGCCAUCUGAAUGCUCCCCGAGAGAGCUGGAAUACAGCGGGACCCCCCCCGCUGUCCAGCCUUUACGGCCCGGGGAGAGGAGCGGAACCAGGGGGCGUGACCUCAGGAAAGCUCCAGAAACUAAGGCAUUUGCUGAAGCCCAGAUCAAAAAAGAGCCAAUGCCACUAAAGGCACCAGAAAAGCCUUUGCCACGUGGAGCUCCUGGGGGUCUCCUCAGAAUCCUGGGGGGGCUGGUUGCCUUGGGACUCAUUGUGGGCGUGGCUGUGACCGUCUACACCAUCUACCAGCGACAGCACAGGACGCGAAGCAAGGAAGAUAACGACGGGAUGGACAUCCCGGCCUCCCACAAAUGCGCCCCACCCCCACCGCUGAAGAGGAGCGGCGACUCCAGGACCCUCCUGACAUCUGACGACAUCCAGGUGCUCCGCUUGGACAAGGAGGCCCAUCACAAUCUGCCUCCACAGACUCCAUACUAUGACAUGGCUCCCACUCAGUCGAGCCACGGGAAGCACCAUGAAGACGUAUCGAACCCGUCUGUUCCUCUGAGACGCCCUCACGUUCACCACACAGACUUCUGCCUGGACUCUCGCCCUGCUGCUGCCUGCCUCCCUCUCUCCUACCUGCCUCAGAACCCCUGUGACAGGCCGGCCCCCACAAACCCCCCUGGUCCCCAGCUCCCUUACAACUUCCCCAAAGAGCAGACCGUCUGAGCUUCCAGAGGAGCAGGACCCGGAGGCCCCCCCCCAGCACCACUGCGCUCUGUACUGACUACUACUCACCACACCCAAGCUUGUUUUCUGUAGCCCCCCACAUGCUGGGUCUCAAACCCGUACACAAAUUCGACCACGCGUCUGCCGAUUCCUCCGACGCACCCUGCGGCGAUUGUUUCCUCACAGCCAAUAUCUGUGUACGCCUCUCUAUGUGUGUUUUCCAGUGAUGCUUGUCUCUGGGAUUUGGACCAUAAUUACCUCUGUACAGUACUAUGGUUGUCUUGACCGCUAGACAGUUCCCAUCAUGGUACCUUAAUGGGUGGUUUUCCUGACUGUUUAUAUGUAUGUGUAGAUACCACGUAGGGGGUAACCCCCAGCGCGCUGUGUGUAGAUACCGUGGAGGGGGUAACCCCCAGCGCGCUGUGUGUAGAUACCACGUAGGGGGUAACCCCCAGCGCGCUGUGUGUAGAUACCGUGGAGGGGGUAACCCCCAGCGAGUUGUGUGUCGAUACCGCAUAGGGGGUAACCCCCAGCGCGCUGUGUGUAGAUACCAUGGAGGGGGUAACCCCCAGGGCGCUGUGUGUAGAUACCGCAUAGGGGGUAACCCCCAGGGCGCUGUGUGUAGAUACCGUGUAGAGGGUAACCCCCAGUGAGUUGUGUGUCGAUACCGGGGGUAACCCCCAGCACGCUGUGUGAUCCAUCCACAGGGAGAGACAGUCAUUUCCCCAUUGUGCUUUACAGUACCUCACUUACAGCUCCCGUCUACAAAAGAACUUUCUUGAAGAGCUAAAUAUCAGCUUAUCUCACUUAGCAGCAAUAACAUGAUGUGCUCCUCUGACUGUAAGCUGGUAGCUGGAGGUCAGCUGGUCAUCCUGGUGACAAGGAACAACAUACCUAGAUCACCAGUGAUGUCAUCAUGGAAACUGAACCCGACUUGUCUGUUAAGGGACCCUGGAAUGGGAAGUUUCAGCAUCUACUACCUUAUGGACAAAAAUAUUAAUUCAGUUUUGUUUUGUGCGCCGUUUCCCAUUAACCAUCAUUCCUGGAGAAUAACACAAGCUGCAACAUUUCAGCAGUUUCGCUAAAGUGGAUUCUCAAGCAGACCAGGAUCUUUUUAUCGUUAUGGAAUUUGUUUGGUUCCCAACAGCUGCCCAUGGUGCGUAUUUCAAACCGACCCUCUUCGCAUCAGUGCUGUCAGUGCCCUGGCGCCAUUUGGCUGGAAGCAUCCACCCCCCUUCGGGGUCCUGGGUGGGCGUGAUUUUAGUUUAACGAGUCUGUUAGGUUCACCUCGCUGCUGCAUCCUCAGCAUAAGCAGAGCUGACGUCUUCGCUGUUAGUCACAUUACCUCCAGUGGAGCGUAUGGAUUCGUCGGCACAUUUGUGCUUUAUAACUCUGCAAGGACCCGCCACCGUACGCCUGGCAUUGUUGCCCUAGACCUUCUUAAAGCCGGGUCUCUUCUUCUCCUUCAGCUCUGGUCUAAACCUUGGUUGAAAGCUUCUGUCUGGCUUGAAAAUUGUGGCCUGAAAAUGGUUGCUUUUUGUCCUCCUGGCUGCCCUGGACUGAAAGUGCUCGUCUGAGAGCUGAUUAGACCCUAACCCGCCCGCUUGUUCAAGCAGUGAUGGACUUCUCUCGCAUUCACCCAUUCAUGGGUUCAUGACUCCAUCUCAGAGCCCUUUAUUCCUGAAACCUCACUACAUAAUUUCUGUCAUCCUGAAUAGGACAGGAUCUCCAAGAAAGGCCUCCUUGAUUGGUUAGAAUCUCAUUCCAAAUUCCUCUUUGUGUUACUUCCUCUUCUAAUUCUGUGCUUUUUACAAGGAAAAUAGAACCCUUUCUCAUUGGGGAGGUAUAAAGGCAUGACAAUCACGUAUGCUGAUCGUCUUGAAACUAUUCUCCUGCUCCAAAGCCCAUUCCCGUGUGUCCGAGAGGACGCUUAGCUGUUCUGUAGUGCUUUUUGGGCCAAACCUCUGCUCUUUGUUUACUAAGUGUGAUGUUUUGCUUUGCACAAAGGAAGUGUAUUGUAAACCUCAUUGAUGAUGAGGCACGAUCAUUUUAAAGAAGGUUCCGUGCUAAUUAACCAGUCGCACGAGUCGUCCCCAGUGGAACCUGCCCGCGGGGCCACACAAUAGAAGAGGCAGGAAUGUUUAUAUGAUGUGAAAAAUGCAGAACCCCACAACGCUUUAUCGAAGCGAUUGAUCCUUUUCAGUGUGAUUUUCAGCGUGCUGGUGAGUGUUUGUAUUGACAUGUGACGGACCUGUGGGCCCCUUUUAAAUAGGACUGAUGUAGGAGGGACAGACGUGUGGUAAGAUGAGAUCCCCUGUACACCCAGUUCUAAAAUGUUAUGUGCAUAAUUACAUUCCUGGCGUCUAUCAUUUUCACUAUCGUUAUUACCAUUGUUAUUACUGUUGUUAUUACUAUUAUCAUUAAAUGUU